AUGGCGGACGAACCGCGAUCUCGCCUUGCUCCCAUUCAUACACGAAAUCUGAGUACUGUCACCGUUGAAUCCGACAGCUCAGAUAGUUCUCCCUGUCCAGGCGAUGAUGAAGACACCGAUUACUUUAUGGCACAUGCCAACGAUUCACAGUCCUCUAUCGGCGCCAUCACGGCGAUUCGUGACUGCGACAACGAUGUCGACAUUGAACAAGUCCAUCGCCUCUCCCCCAUAUCCAAAUUGCCUCCCGAAAUUCUGAUUGCCAUCUUGGCCAAAUUGACCACAACAUCUGACCUACGAAACUGUAUGUUGGUGUCUUAUCACUGGGCUCUGUACACUGCGGGCAUUCUGUGGCAUCGCCCCUUGUGCAACAAGUGGUCAAACCUGCUGAACGUCGUGGAAGCUUUGGAGAAGGGCAACAAGAGCUAUUUUCCAUAUCAUGAGAUGAUCAAGAGACUGAACCUAUCGGCACUUGCAGAUAAGAUCAGCGACGGCACAGUCCAGCUAUUCACGAACUGCAAGGGUGUCGAGCGCCUGACGCUGACCAACUGCGUGAAACUGACCGAUUUUGGUGUUGCAGCCCUGGUGGAUGGCUGCAGGAAGCUCCAAGCGCUCGAUGUUACGGAUUUGGUAUCCUUGACAGACCACACCCUACACGUUGUGGCCAAGAACUGCGCAAAAUUGCAGGGCCUCAACAUCACCAACUGCUCCAACAUCACCGACGAGUCUUUGGUGGAGAUCGCUGAGAAUUGCAGGCAACUCAAAAGACUAAAACUCAAUGGCGUGGUGCGAGCAACAGAUCUGUCUAUCACGGCAGUUGCGAGAAAUUGCCGAUCAAUCCUAGAAAUUGACCUUGCUGGCUGCCACUCCAUCACCUCAGAAUCUGUCACUGCACUACUCUCCAAUCUGUCGAAUCUCAGAGAGCUGCGCUUGGCUCAUUGCAUCGACAUCAAUGACUCGGCCUUCACGAAUCUCCCUCCCAGGCUCUCUUUUGACGCCCUGCGGAUUUUGGAUCUAACAGCUUGUGAACAAGUCCGUGACGAUGCCAUUGCGAGGAUCAUUCCGGCCGCGCCCCGUCUGAGGAAUUUGGUCUUGGCCAAGUGCAGACACAUUACAGAUCGCGCAGUUGCCUCCAUUUGCAAACUGACCAAAAAUCUCCACUACAUCCAUCUCGGGCACUGCAUCAACCUGACGGACAAUGCCGUCAUCCAGCUGGUGAAGGCUUGCAAUCGCAUCCGAUAUAUUGACCUGGCAUGUUGCUCCCGGUUGACGGAUGCUAGCGUCCGCCAUUUGGCACAACUCCCGAAGCUUCGCAGAAUUGGUCUGGUCAAAUGUCAGAACCUAACGGAUCAAAGUAUUAUCGCGCUGGCUAGAGGACCACUCAUGUUCGGUGCAGGGGGGAAGAUCGGGGUGCCUUCACAGCUCGUAUCGCUUGAAAGAGUACAUCUCAGCUACUGCGUGAAUUUGACGCUCAAGGGAAUCACGGCACUUCUUCACCAUUGCCCUCGGCUGACCCAUCUAUCAUUGACCGGCGUGCAAGCGUUUCUCCGCGACGAUUUGACCUGCUUCUGCCGCGAUGCUCCCGCCGAAUUUACGCAUCCCCAACGAGAUGUUUUUUGCGUCUUUUCAGGAGAUGGCGUUCAGCGGCUUCGUGACCACCUCCUCCGUCUUGCUAUGGAUGAGGCGCAGCGAGAAGGUCGUGAUGCGAUUGAUGAGAGUCUGCUUGACGAAGCGGACAGCCCAGGCGCCGACACCAUGUCUGAUGAUGGCACAAUUGACGGGAACGAGCACUUGAUGGAUCAUACCUUGCUGAACUCGCACCAUCACUUGUCCUUGGUCAAUACACAUCAAUCACGACCCAGAACUCGAAGUUUACAUGACUAUUCCAGCUUUCAUGUUGAGAUGCCACUACUGCCAUUCGAUCAGGUGCAACAUAUGGGUCCGUGGACCCCCGGUGCACGCCUUCCACCUGAGUCCCGCACAUCCCAGGCUUCGCCACACCUAAAUGUCAUGAACCCUAAUAACCUCUACCAGCCGGAGCCAUUUGAGCGCCGGUCGCGGAGCCCUGGCUAUCCAAACGCAUUUGAUGUAGCUGCGGAAUAUGGUGAGCGUGCAAGGAGCACAUCUCGCACACCAUCACGGAGACAUACGUUGGAGUCGACUUCGGGUCUCUACGCCCCUCCUCCUGCUCCUGCUGCAGUCCACGGUGUUGGAGAAGGUGGAUCUCGGCCUCUCGAACUGGGUCACUAUGCACAGGACCCUAGAGCUGGAUACUUUGGGCUGGACGAUCCCAGGAGAUUUCCCGGCUGGUCGAACCAACAUUUGUUCGCAUCAGAACCCCUUCGAAGGCACAUUCCAGGAGCAUCAUUCAGAAACCCUGCCGAUGUGCGGCAGUCUUUUUUGCGACCUGAGCCCGAUUUCAGCGCCUUUGAUGCGAACCACGAAGCAAUCAUGUCCACCAUUCCAGGUAGUCGGCCUGGUAGUCGACAUCCAUCACGAUCUAAUAGCCCUCACAUAUCGAGGGUGAACAGUCGGUCGAGACUGAGUAAUCUUCUGGCGCCUCCACAGAGCUACUCGUCAACCCCACCUGAUCAAGGAGAAGGCUCCAGGCGCACCAGUCGGGAGCGGCGAAGCCGAGAAAGAUCGCUUAUGCGGGAAGAGGCCCAACGGGAAGCAUUGCUGCGGGCACUUGCAGAAGCUGACUCUGCCGAUCAACUGAGACCAGAUCUGCCUCGAAUUGACUCCGAUCGGCAAAUCGAACUACCGUUGUUACCACCCGAUUUGAUAGAACGUGUCACUAGGACGCCUCUCACACGUACAGAACCAACACCAGACAUUCGUUUUGAAGUGGAGGACACCGAACCUAAUGUUGAUCCAGACCAAGAUGUUACGAUGACACAAUAA